CCUUAAGCCCCGCCCCCACCAACAUGCAUUGUUGUUCCCCGACAUCCAAGAUGGCGACCGGACCCGCGUAAAAUCGCUAAAUUCACAGAGGUCAUUGUCUGGUCUGAAUGCGGUCCGUAGAAUCGAGGAGCUCUGAAACCACUUUGAGGAGGAGAGAGGACAGACCAUGGCUUUUGAGGAGAUCAUCAGUAAAGGAGGAAUGGACGUGGGCAUGGAGGGGGAUCGGGGCCUGGUGGCUGGCCGCAGCCAGCGGGAGAAGAGGAGGUCCUACAAAGACCUCCUGAGGGAGGAGGAGGAGAUGGCAGCGCAGGUCCGAAAGACCUCCAAGAAACGACCAAAGGUUCCUCAUCCCACCCCUCCAUCUCGCAGGGACUCUGAGCUGUUCCUGCUGGGAGGAGACGGCCACAAGAAGAAGAAGAAGCAAAGUGACGACUUCUAUUACCGAGACCACGACGGCACUGGCCAGCCCGCACACAAGAAGAAGCGCAAGUCGUCGGACCGCUCACCGCAGCUCUCCUCGCUGCCCCCCCCCUCCUCCCUCUCCUCCUCCUCCUCCAACGCCACCGACACGGCCAUGGGCCUCCUGCAGGCCAUCACCUCCCCCCUGGCCACGGGCACGGCGCCCAGCCCCCACAUGAACAAGAAGCCCUCCUACCCCUCCCUCUCCUCCAAGGACCGCAAGCACGGCUCCACCAGCGGGGGCGGGAACAGCAAAGGAGGCCACUCCUCCCACUCGCGGCCCGCCUCCUCCUCCUCGUCCUCCUCCAAGAAGCACUCCUCCUCCUCCUCCAAGUCGUCCCUGUUCCACGGCGGCAGUGGGAAGGAGGAGCCGCUGGCGCUGCGCGAGGCGGACGGCCUGAAGAUGAAGCUCCUGGUGUCCCCGGAGCGCGACGGCUUCCCGGCCCCGGGGCCGCCCCCGCCGCCGCACGGCGCCAAGGGCCCCAGCCGCAAGGAGAAGGAGCGCGGGGAGCGCGGCGGGGCCCCCGGGAAGACAAAGAAGAAGGCGUCGGCGCGGGAGCCACUGCCCAUCGUGGGGAAGGAGGUCGAGGUGGAGGGUCACUACGGUGGGGGUAUGGGCGACGACAGCUCGUCGUCGGGGGGAGAGUUGGAGGCCGGGGAGUUGGUCAUCGACGACUCAUACACACACCUCUCCAAGAAGAAGAGCAAGAAGAGCAAGAAGUCCAAGAAGAGGAAGGACAAGGACAAGGACAAGGAGCGCGACAAGGAGAAGAGCGGCAAGGAGCGCAAGCACAGCAAGACGUCGGCAUCGGACGUGUCCAGGGGCCACGGCCACGGGCACCCCACGGUGAGCCACAGCGCGGUGGGGCCCAUGUAUGCCAUGAACGCCCCCCUGCCCCCCCAUCCGCACCACCCCCACCAUCAGCCCCCCGGGGAGGCCCCCCCGGACAAGAAGAAGAAGGAGAAGGAGAAGCACGGCAAGGACAAGGACAAGGUACCAAAGAAGAAGAACACGACAGCCUAUCAGGUGUUCUGUAAGGAGUACCGCGUCAACAUCAACGCGGAGCAGCCCGGCCUCGUGUUCGGGGAGCUCAGCAAGAGGCUAGCAGAGGUGUGGAAGGCCAUGCCUGAGAAAGACAAGCUGGUAUGGAGACAGAAGGCUCAGUACCUUCAGCACAAGCAGAACAAGGCAGAGGCCACCACGGUGAAGCGCAGCACCUCCACCGACACCAAGAGCAAAGGGGCCCUGAAGAGUGUGGGCGGGGCCACGGGCCUGGGGUCCCCCUCCAGGGGCUCCGCCGCCGGCCUGUCGCUGUCCCCCGCCCGCAUCCCGGAGGUGGACCCCAUCGACGCCGCCGCACACCUUCAGCUGCUCGGGGAGUCGCUGUCCCUGAUUGGACACCGGCUACAGGAAACCGAGGGCAUGGUGGCGGUCUCGGGUAGCCUGUCGGUCCUCCUGGACUCCAUCCUGUGUGCCCUGGGGCCCCUGACCUGUCUCACCGCUCAGAUCCCUCAGCUCAACGGCUGUCCUCGGAACGUCCUGUCCAACACGCUGGACAACGUGGCCUACAUCAUGCCCGGCCUGUGAGGGCACCCCCACUAGCUUCAGUUGUCGGUCAAGACGAAGCUAGCUA